AACUUCUAGUCAAUUUCCCAUCCCCAUGUUAUAAUAAUUAAAAACUAUAUACAGUUUUCUUUGAAAAAUCCUUAGAACUUAAGGCUGCAGCCGACAUUAACCGAGUCUAUAUAAGACCCAUACUUUUUGCAAUUCCAGAAUAUUUCUGGAAGCGCACACACAACAAUAUAAGAAAAAGAGAAAGAAGGUAUUGUAUAUUUGUAUUGUUGACAUGGCAAAGAGCAAAGGCGCUUCCCUAAUAAACCGGUUGAGACAAGCCGUCAAUAAAGUGAAUUUCUUGUUGAAUUUCAAGAUAAGCAGCCUCUGGGGUAUUGUACCAAUGCUUGAUUCUUCUUCAUCUCUUCGGUUUAGUUUCAACGAUAGACCAGGUUUAGCAGCGGCUUGUGCAGAGGAGAAUGAACCGGACUCAACCGGUUUUUCAAGAGGAGCGUUGUAUAGAGCUGGGAGUUAUGAUCCACCUUCAGACGAAGACAUAGACAACAAAGCUGAGAUGUUCAUAGCUAAUUUCUACAAGCAGCUUAAGAUUGAGAGACAAAUCUCUUUAGAACUUAAAUAUUGCUUGGGUAAUAAUCAAAGUUUCAACUAUAGGUCGCCUUAGUUUUCAUAGUUUUAUUUAUUCUUUUGUUCAUUUAUUGUAAUAAUAAGAUCCUAUAAUUUUCAUUGGGGUCUUAGUUGAUGAUCGGCCUGCUAUUUUUUCGUGGUAGGCUUAUCCAUUUUCGUAUCAUUAUCGUUAGUGAG